CACCGAGGGGUGCUUUGUUUCUGUCUACCGUGUCGUCCUGUGUUCAUCCCAACCACCCGGCUCACGGUUAUUAUAAAAGGAGCCUGACUGGCAACCGAGGCUAUAUCCUCCAUUGACAGCGAUGCGCCGAGCCUUGAAUUUUGUGGUCUUUAUCCUGUUGCUCCUCUGCGGUUAUACGACAGCUGCGUUUUCGAGAACUGCUCUCACUGCAGAAGGUGUGAAACUGUGGUGGAAUGAGCCGGUAGAACCCACGUCGGAGUUUCUCAUUAUUUGGUAUCGACCGGAUGGACGAUCAAUUGACGGAUAUGAAUUUUUGGAUCGUACGCAACGUAGCUAUGAAGUUACCAGACUGAGAAACUGCACACUUUAUGAAUUUACCCUGCUCGGUUUUGACUGGUCCUAUGAACAGAGCACUUACGCGACAACGAAGAUCAACACAGGGAAAUGCGCUUACAGUAGCCGGAGUUGGAGACACUGAAAGACCAAUGAGACGAAACGAUUCGAUUCCAGUCCAUGACAUUAUAAUGUGUGGUCUAAAGUGACUUUUUCAUGAGUACCGAAUGGAUUUUGUACUACUUCGCAUAUAACUGAUGUCCGGUUGACUCGUCGGGAUCUCUUUACCCCUCCUUUCGUGUCCAGUGCUGCUUCUAAAUGACCGCAAUGCUGUUGCAGUAGUCCUCAUAUUAAAAGAAAUUUUGCAUUCUCGACUGAACUUCAUAAACUGUUACGUUUU